GGUGACAUCCUCAUCAAACUCGUGGUCACAUUUUCUUCCUCUCACCACAACUCCGCAACAGUCGGUGUUUCCUUCCCUCCCUUAAACCCCCUCUCAUCCUCAAUUCUCUCCAUUUUCUCAACCCUACUACUUCGUAUUAGUCUUCCAAUAAUCAAAUCCCAUUUUAUCUCAAUUACUUCCCAAUUCCAGAACCCUAACUCAACUUUGUCUCUCUUCUCUUCGCAAUCCCCAAUUCACCACUGCCUCACAACUCCGGCAGCCUAAUCACUCAGAAUGACUUUCUCGAAGCAUCUAAUUUCUAAACUCCGCAACCUCCAACCCAUAUCUCAAACCCUAAUCCGCCCCUUUUCUACCGCCGCAACCGCCACCGUCGACCACCACGACACACCGUCGGAAGACUCACCCAUCUCCAUGAAAGGGGUCAAAAUCUCCGGCCGCCCACUCUACCUUGACAUGCAAGCAACCUCUCCGGUUGACCCACGUGUCCUCGACGCCAUGCUCCCCUUCUACAUCUCCCAAUACGGCAACCCCCAUAGUCGGACCCACCUUUACGGGUGGGAAUCCGAAGCUGCCGUUGAAACAGCACGCUCCCAAGUCGCGCGUCUAAUCAACGCGUCGCCGAAAGAAAUCAUCUUUACCUCCGGCGCCACCGAGUCGAACAAUAUAUCCGUUAAAGGGCUUAUGCACUUUCACCGGACAACCAAGCGCCACGUCAUCACUACCCAGACCGAGCAUAAGUGUGUGUUGGAUUCGUGCCGUCAUCUUCAGCAAGAGGGUUAUGAGGUUACUUAUCUUCCUGUUGAGAAAGAUGGGCUUGUUGAUUUGGGUAAGCUUCGGGCUGCGAUUCGGCCCGAUACUGGGUUGGUUUCGAUUAUGAUGGUGAAUAAUGAGAUUGGAGUGAUUCAACCUGUUGAUGAGAUUGGGAAGAUUUGUAAGGAGUUUAAUAUUGCGUUUCAUACGGAUGCGGCGCAGGCUUUGGGGAAGGUGCCGAUUGAUGUGGAGAAGAUGAAUGUGAGUUUGAUGAGUUUGAGUGGGCAUAAGAUUUAUGGGCCCAAAGGGGUUGGGGCAUUGUAUAUUAGGAGGCGGCCUCGGGUUCGGGUUGAGCCGCAGAUGAAUGGGGGUGGGCAGGAGAGGGGGAUAAGGAGUGGGACUGUGCCGACUCCGUUAGUUGUUGGUUUCGGGGCUGCUUGUGAUGUGGCGUUGAGGGAGAUGGAGUAUGAUGGGAAGAGGGCGAAAGUGUUGCAGGAGAGGUUGUUGAAGGGGAUUAGAGAUAAGGUGGAUGCUGUGGUUGUGAAUGGUAGUGCUGAGAGGCGGUACCCGGGGAAUUUGAACUUAUCAUUUCGGUUUGUUGAAGGGGAGAGCUUGUUGAUGGGGUUGAAGGAGGUGGCGGUUUCGAGUGGGAGUGCUUGUACUAGUGCUAGUUUGGAGCCGAGCUAUGUGUUGAGGGCGCUUGGGGUUGAUGAAGAGAUGGCUCAUACCUCGAUUAGGUUCGGGAUUGGGAGGUUUACCACAGAGGAAGAGGUUGAUAAGGCGGUCGAGUUGACUGUGAGGCAGGUUCAAAAGUUGAGGGAGAUGAGCCCUCUUUAUGAAAUGUAUCAGCAAGGGAUUGAUAUUAAGAGCAUUCAGUGGUCUCAACACUGAGCUUUCAAGGGUUUGAUCAAUUGAUUGGCUGAAUGUGGGCAUCUACACAAUGUAGAACAUCCUGUAUAUUAAAAGAGCAGCUCAGAGCACGAGUUCGGCUGUCUAACAACAGGUUUAUCUCUUAUACCAAUUCGAGCUUUUAAUUGCUUUAUAGACUUAUUACGAUUAUGUAUCAACUAAAUGAGCCAGGAUUGUUGAGAGCUGAUUGUCUUUAAACCAAACAUUUCCUAGGCUUAUAAUAGUAUGUAAAUUACUCUACGAGAAAUCUUUUUGAACUUUGCAAUGGUAAUAAAUGGCACGUGUUUGUUACAUCUA